AUGUGUAGUCCGCAGGAGGCCGGCAUGAAGGUGGUGGGCGUGCGGAUGGUGACCCGCAGCCAGGGCCGCGGGCUGGCCGCCGGGCUGCACGAGAGCGGGAAGGAGUCCGCGCCGCUCCAGAAGGGAGAAGCGGCUUCAGAGGGAAGGCAAAGCCAUCACACCAUGAAACGCAAGCGAAAGACACAGAGACUUCGAGUGGCUUACGAGGCCAUGGAUGGUGAUGGUGAGAAAGACAGACGGGUUGAGCCCUUCCAGACACUUGGCGGCUGGGAGCCCCGGGAUUGGCGGCAGCAGCUGGAGAACAUCCGCGCCAUGAGGAGCAGAAAGGAUGCGCCUGUGGACCAGCUGGGUGUAGAACACUGCUACGACUCAGGCGCACCUCCAAAGGUGCGCAGGUUCCAGGUGUUACUUUCGCUGAUGCUGUCUAGCCAGACCAAGGACCAGGUAACAGCAGGUGCCAUGCAGCGGCUGCGGGCGCGGGGCCUGACAGUGGACAGCGUCCUACAGAUGGACGAUAGCACACUGGGCACACUCAUCCACCCUGUGGGCUUCUGGAGGAGUAAAGUCAAGUACAUCAAGCAGACCAGCGCCAUCCUGCAACAGCGCUACAAUGGGGACAUUCCCGCCUCAGUGGCUGAGCUGAUGGCCCUGCCGGGCGUUGGGCCAAAGAUGGCGCACCUGGCUAUGGCUGUGGCCUGGGGCACUGUGUCGGGCAUCGCGGUGGACACACACGUGCACAGAAUCGCCAACCGGCUCAGGUGGACCAAGCUGCCCACCAAGACGCCAGAGCAGACCCGUGCUACUCUGGAGGAAUGGAUGCCCAGGGAGCUGUGGGGAGAGAUCAACACUUUGCUGGUGGGCUUCGGCCAGCAAACCUGCCUGCCUGUCCGCCCACGCUGCCAGGAUUGCCUCAACCGGGCACUGUGCCCCCUGGCACAGGGACUCUGA